AUGGCAGGAAUAGAUCCAGCAACUCAAAUCACACCACCUUCACAAAUUGAUUCUAACGAUCCUCUCUACAUUCACUCAUCAGACUCCCCUGGUAUGAGCUUGGUAAAUUUCAUCUUCGAUGGAAGAGGUUUACAAGGUUGGAGAAGGACUAUUCUCAUUGCUCUUUCGGCCAAGAACAAGCUUGGGUUCAUCAAUGGGACCUGCAAGAUGCCAGACCCAGAUUCAUCAGGUUUUCAUGCAUGGAAUAGGUGCAAUGAUAUGGUAACUUCUUGGUUGCUUAAUUCUCUAUCAAAAGACAUAGCAGAUAGUGUAAUUUACUCAAAAACUGCUAAGGACUUAUACACAGAUUUAGAGCAAAGGUUUGGACAAUCAAAUGGUGCUAAGUUGUUUUAUUUGCAAAAGGAACUAAGUGAUAUAGUUCAGGGAAACACUGAUAUAGCAGGGUAUUUGUGA